CCUCCAGGACCCCUCCUCAGCUGCCGCGCUCCGACGCCCUCCAGCUCCUGAACCCUCCCCACCACCACCACCACCACCACCAGCACCACCACCACCACCACCAUGGUGCCACCACCCCUGUCCUGACCCCGUCCCCGUCCCCGUCAGGGCCACCACCAUGCUGCCGCCAUGAUGAUGGCCCGCAAGCAAGAUGGCCGCGUGCCCACCUACACCGUCAGCGUGGUGGGGCUGUCGGGCACCGAGAAGGAGAAAGGCCAAUGCGGCGUCGGCAAAUCUUGCCUUUGCAACCGCUUCGUCCGGCCCGGCGCCGACGACUUCCACUUGGAGCACACCUCGGUGCUCAGCACCAGUGACUUUGGAGGACGCGUGGUCAACAAUGACCACUUCCUCUACUGGGGCGAGGUGGCCCGAGCUUUGGAGGAGUGCGUGGAGUGCAGGAUCCACGUGGUGGAGCAGACGGAGUUCAUCGACGACCAAACCUUCCAACCUCACCGUAGCACGGCCUUGCAACCCUACAUCAAACGGGCGGCGGCCACCAAGCUGGCGUCGGCCGAGAAGCUCAUGUACUUCUGCACCGACCAGCUGGGCUUGGAGCAGGACUUCGAGCAGAAGCAGAUGCCCGACGGCAAACUGCCGGUGGACGGCUUCUUGCUUUGCGUCGACGUCAGCCGCGGCAUGAACCGCAACUUCGACGAGCAGCUCAAGUUCGUCUCCAACCUCUACAACCAAGUGGCCAAGACCAAGAAACCCGCCGUGGUGGUGUUGACCAAAUGCGACGAGGGCGUCGAGCGUUACAUCCGCGACGCUCACGCCUUCGCGCUAGGCAAGAAGAACCUGCAGGUGGUGGAGACCUCGGCGCGUUCCAACGUCAACGUCGAGCUGGCUUUCGGCACGUUGGUCCAACUGGUGGACAAGAGCAGAGGCAAGGCCAAGAUCAUCCCCUACUUCGAGGCCCUCAAGCAGCAGAGCCAGCAGAUCGCCGCCGCCAAGGACAAGUACGAGUGGCUCGUCGGCCGCAUCGUCAAGAGCCACCACGAGCUUUGGCCCAACGUCAGCCGCAAGAUGACGGCGGCGCCCGAGUACCAGGACUACGUCUACUUGGAGGGCACCCAGAAGGCCAAGAAGCUCUUCCUGCAGCACGUCCAGCGCCUCAAGCAGGAGCACAUCGAGCGCCGCCGCAAGGUCUACCUGGCCCUGCUGCCCCAAGCCUUGGACGCCCUGGUGCCCGAUCUCGACGAGAUCGACCGCUUGAGCCGCGCCAAGCUCGAGAAGCUCCUGGAGGCCAAGCCGGAUUUUCUCAAGUGGUUCGUGGUGUUGGAGGAGACGCCGUGGGACGCCACCAGCCACGUGGACGACGUGGACAACGAGCGCAUCCCCUUCGACCUCCUGGAGACGCCGGCGGCCGAGCAGCUCUACGAGGCGCACGUGGAGAAGCUGCGCAACGAGCGGAAGCGCGCCGAGAUGAGGAGGGCGUUCCGCGAGAACCUGGAGAGCUCGCCCUUCGUCACGCCCGGCAAGCCUUGGGAGGAGGCCAGGAGCUUCAUCAUGAACGAGGACUUCUACCUGUGGUUGGACGAGUCGGUCUACGUGGACAUCUACGGCAAGCACCAGAAGCAGCUCAUCGACAAAGCCAAGGAGGACUUCCAGGAGCUUCUCCUGGAGUACUCGGAGCUCUUCUACGAGCUGGAGUUGGACGCCAAACCCAGCAAGGAGAAGAUGGGCGUCAUCCAGGAGGUGCUGGGCGAGGAGCAGAGGUUCAAAGCUCUCCAGAAGCUCCAAGCGGAGCGCGACGCCCUCAUCCUCAAG